UCUGUUACGGCAUUUGUCACUACUUUACGUCAGCUACCGUAAAGCGUCAAACAGUACGCUACUGUGUAGAAUGAUUGUCUCCAGCAGCUAAAUUCCAAACAAAGCUAAAAAUAUUCAUUUGUUAAGCGCCCCAAACGGUAACCGCAUCUAAUUGAACGUUUUUUAUUACACUUUAGUGUCCCGUGAAGCGAGCGAGAGAUAAGAGCUUGUGGAAGAAGCGUUGCUUUUAGCCAGUCAUUGCCAUGGCCUCCCACAGCGGCGACAGCAACACGGACAGAGAGAUGAUUCUGGCAGACUUUCAGCUUUGCACUGGAAUUGACAACAUUGCAGAGGCAAUCACCCUUCUUGAGCUUAAUAACUGGGAUUUAGUGGCAGCCAUCAAUGGAGUCAUACAGGAGAAUGGCAUCAUGCAAAGUAACUUUUCCAGUGAGGCGAGCCAGGCCAGCAUGUAUGGACCGCACAGAGAAUCCGAAGCAGCUAAUGCACCAGCAGUAGCAGCAACAUCAGCCGCUGACACAGCAACAGCAGCCAACACAGCAGCAGCUGAAUGCGCCGUUCCUACGUGCUCCUCGUUGUUUUCAUCCUCCAGUCAGCUGUCACCCUCGGCAUCCACCUUUUGCCCCAGCACCCCUUCUCCUCGACACAUCGUAGAGCGCCAGCCUCGGAUGCUUGAAUUCAAGGUGGAGUACCGACAGCGCACUGUUGAGCUGGUACUGGAGGACGGAACCACAGUUGGUGAAAUCAAGCAACUCCUCGAGACAGAGCUUGGAGUUCCUGUAUACAAAAUGCAAUUGAAAGGAUGGAAGAGUGGCGAUGUCUCUGAUAGUACGGUACUUCGAAGUUUACACCUGCCCAGGAAUGUCAGCCUUUAUGUCCUGACACCAGACAUUGCCCCAACAGCCACAGCCAGCACCAGCACCAGCAAAAACAGUGUUCUCCCAGACUCAAUAAACCAGAACUUCCUGCUGAUCAUCAGUCACCAUGAGGCCCAAAGGGACUACAACCUUAACUUCCCUGGCUCCAGAACCAUUCAAGAGGUGAAGAGGAACAUUUCUGACCUAACCAACAUCCCAGUCCGGUACCAACAGUGGGAAGGAUGGCCUGCAUCAGCAUCUGAUGACUGUAUGACGCUGGCUGUCUCCGGGAUCAAUUAUCCUUGCCAUCACCUUACAGUUUGUCAAAGAUCCUCACCAGCCAAUGCCCAGGUACCCCAGGAAGAGUGCGCAGAUGUCCACAUGAUCAGCGACAGCGAGGGAGAUGAUUUUGAGGAUGCAUCAGAGUUUGGGGUGGAUGAUUCAGAGAUGUUCGGAACUGGAUCCUCCAGCUGUCGGAAAACCCCAAUGAUGCCAGAGAAUAGCGAGAAUGAAGCUGAUGCCUUACUGCACUUUACUGCUGAAUUUUCUUCAAGGUAUGGAGACAACCACCCAAUGUUUUUCAUUGGAUCUUUGGAGGCAGCAUCUCAGGAGGCCUUUCAUGGCAAAGCCAGAGAGAGAAAGCUGCUGGCCAUCUACCUUCAUAAUGACGACAGUGUCCUCAGCAACGUCUUUUGUUCCCACAUGAUGUGUGCCGACUCCAUUGUUUCCUUCCUGAGCCAGAACUUCAUCACAUGGGCCUGGGACGUCACUAAAGAAGCAAAUAAAGCCAGGCUACUCACCAUGUGCACGAGACAUUUUGGCAGUGUCGUGACGCAAACUAUACGCACAUACCAGACAGACCAGUUCCCUCUGCUCCUUAUUGUCAUGGGGAAACGCACUUCCAACGAAGUUCUAAAUGUUAUUCAAGGUAAUACUGCUGUGGACGAGCUAAUGAUGAGAUUAAUGGGUGCAUUGGAGAUCUUCACAGCACAACAACAAGAGGACAUUAAAGAUGAGGAUGAGCGUGAGGCAAGAGAGAUGGUGAAGAGAGAACAAGACGAGGCCUACCGCCUGUCUCUAGAAGCUGACCGUAAGAAGAGGGAAGCUCAAGAGCGAGAGGAGGCAGAACAAGUUCGCUUGGAACAGAUGAGAAAAGAGAAGGAGGACGAGAAGGAGGCUAUACGUUUAUCAUUGGCGCAAACCCUACCGCCGGAGCCCGAAGAGGAAUCAGGAGAGCAGAUCAGCAAGUUGCGAAUCCGCACGCCCAGUGGCGAGUUUCUGGAGAGGCGCUUCCUAGGCGGCUCUAAGCUCCAGAUGAUCUUUGACUUUGUGGCUUCCAAGGGAUACCCUUUCGACGAGUUCAAGCUCCUUACCACCUUCCCUCGCAGAAAUAUCACCCAGUUGGAUCCAGGAUCAACUCUACUGGAGGCCAAGUUGUUUCCACAGGAGACUCUUUUCUUGGAGGCCAAAGAGUAGUAAAGUGGCUGGUGAACUGGUCGAACACAGCAUGGGUCCAAAUCCAUCUGGGCCUCUGCAGUUCUCGCACAUACACACACACACACACACACACGCAAAGACUUCAGACCCUCUCAGAGCUGUAACACACUGGCAUGCACAUGCAGUGACACUAAAGUGUAAAGUAAGCUACUCUACUUUCUCCUGGUCGCUGAACACCUAAACUUUGUGUACACUUUUUGCACAGAGGAACAAAGACAGUCUCACAACAAGCACACAGCCAAGCCCCCCAACCUUCUACUAAACAAACCCCACAAUUCCCUAACCUAUAGCUGUCUUUUGUUCUACUUGAUCUGUCAUCACUUAAAACACAACACAGUGACGGCACGGAGAUUCCGACUAAACAGACCAUGUCACAGGAAAAAUAUGUACAGCCACGUUACCAAAACCAGGGCUGCUUUUACUUUGCUACUACGUGGUUUUUGCGUUUGAAAUAUUCAAUAAAAGCCAGCUACAAGAGACAAGUUGUCUCAUGUCUGCCUUUUCCCCCCAAAUCUAUUUUCCACUCAUCUUACUUUCACCGUUUCUCCAACUCUAAACUCAAAAAUCUAGAUGGAAGAGUUCAUAUUAUAUUUUUUAUAUAUGCAAAACACUUCCUCGUAGUCGACAUAACAAUUAAUGGUUAUGCUUUGGUCAAAAUUGUGCAUAGAUUUUGUUUUACAGACGAGACGCUUUCUGACUUUCUCUUCAGAAUGCGCUAUUUUGUGUUGAGUCUGAUUUACAUGACAAAGGCCUCUUUCAGGCAAAGCCCCGUUUGACUGCAACAUGCUUCUAUAUCGAGUAUACUGACAGAUAUAAGUUAGAACAAUAACACUACUAUGCGCUAGAGCAGAGGAUUUUAGCGCUCGUACGAGCCAGUCUGCUCCAAAACACAGAUAUAGAAAAAUAAGGAACUUAUAGACAACAACUUUGGCAUGAAUGGAGAAAAGUAGACUCCACCUAUGUGUUGUGUUUACACACUGAGCAUGGAGAAAAGAAAGAAGAGCAAAUAACUCUCAGAAGAUUUGAGAACCAAAAAUGUGGAAAAGCAUGGACAGUCUCAAGGCUACAAGUCCAUCUUCAGAGAUCUAAAUGUUCCUGUGUCUACUGUGCCCAUGGCAAUGUAGCUAACCUUCCUGAACGUAGACUGAAGAGAAAAAAAUGAUCAACGAUUCCAAUGAUGGAUUGUUAGAAUUGUUGAUAAAGAACCUUGAUCUACAUCCAAACAAAUUCAGACAGAGGAUACAACAGUGUCAGCUCGCAGAAUCCGUCGCCAUCUCAAUGAAAAGAUGGCGACGGAUUCUGCAGCGGUGUCCCAGGAGGACCCCGCUGCUGACACAGAGACAUUAAAAAAGUAAGAAUGGAGUAUGCAUAAACAUACCUGAGGAAGCCAAAAUCUUUCUUGGAGACUGAAGUGGAGCUUUUUGGUAAAGCACUGUUUACAGAAAACAAAAUGAGGCCUUCAAAGACAAGAACACCACACCUACAGUUAAACAUGGUGGAGGUUAAAUUAUGAUUUGGGGUUGCUUUACUGCUUCUGGUACUGGAUGCCUUGACUGUGUGCAUGGCAUCAUUAAACCCGAGGACUACCAAAGAAUUUUGGGGGAUAAAGAAACCAGUGUCAGAAACCUGGCUCUCCGUCAGAGGUCAUGCGUCUUCCAGCAGGACGACCACCCAAAACAUACUUCCAAAAGCUCACAAAAAUGGCUUAAGACAGAGCACUGGAGAGUUCUGAAGUGGCCAACAAUGAGUCCAGAUCUAAAUCCUAUAGAACAUCUGGGGAGAGAUCUAAAAACAGCAGUUGGGAGAAGGCAACCUUUAAAUCUGAGAGACCUGAAGCAGUUUGCAAAAGAAGAGUGGUCCAAAAUUCCAGUACCAAGGUGUAAGAAACUCAUUGAUGGUUACAGGAAGGGAUUGAUUUCAGUUAUUUUUUCCAAAGUGUGUUUCCAGCAUGAUCUGGUGCCAAAUCCACCAGUAACUGGUUUACUGACCAUGGCAUUACUGUCCUCAAUUGGCCUGCCAACUCCCCUGACCUGAACCCCAUAGAGAAUUUGUGGGGUAUUGUGAAGAAGAAGCUGAAUGACACCAUACCUAAUAAUGCUAAUGAGCUAAAGGCCGCUAUUGAAGCAUAUUGGGCAUCCAUAACACCUCAGCAAUGCCACAGGCUGAUUGCCUUCAUGCCACGCCGCAUUGAGGCAGUAUUCCGUGAAAAAGGAUUCCCAACCAAGUAAUUUACAUUUUCAAAUGUUUUAAUUUCUUCUGCUGUUCUAAAUCUUUUUUUUACUUGGUCUGAGGAAAUAUUCUGAUUUUUUGAGAUAGGAUUUUUGAGUUUUCUUAAGCUGUAUGCCAUAAUCAGCAAUAUCAAAAUAAUAAAAGGCUUGCAAUAUUUCAGUUGAUGUGUAAUGAAUCCAGAAUGUAUGACAUUUUCAUGUUUUUAGUUGCAUUUCAGAAAAUAAAGGACUUUACCACAA